AUGCAAGAACCGGAAGCAAGCGCCGGCCACCCGUCGUGGACCUCCUGGUCAGGUUAUGCCUCGUCCAAAACAGCUCGCACGGAUGGCACCACCAUCAUGGGUGGUGGAAAAGAUGCUGAGGCGGUAGGUGAGCGCGAUAGCGUUGAUGGCGGUGGCGCGGAAGGCGGCGGUGGUGGUAGCGACUACGGUGGCGGUGUUCGGGUGGCGCCCGAGCUCCCGCCGGGGACGCUCCCUCUGCGCUCGGAGGCACCGCUCCCGUCCGCCGCGCCGUUGCUGCCGUCGAGCACCCCCCCUGCGGCGGCGACAGCGAUGGUGGCGGUGGCGACGGCACCAGCAGACCAGCAGCAGCAACAGCAGCAGCAAGGAAAGCAGCAGCGGCCAGACCGUCGAAUGGUUGACGUGUACGAGGCGCUUGCCCAGCGCAUCAGACUCGAGGUCCGAGAGCGGCGAAGGAGGCAGGCCACGGCGGCGGCCGGGCCGGAGACAGGCGCUUUCGGACACACCGCGGGGCCAGGGGCUGGGGUUCGUGUAGGAGAGGAUGGGCAUGCGGCGGUGGAAGGAGUUAAGCACAAGCAGCAGCAGAAGCAGCAGCAGUUGUGGGUGGCCGUUGCCGGGGCUCCAGGAUCGGGGAAGACAACUCUAGCGGCGGAGGUGUGCCAGCGCGUGCAGUCCGAGGAGAUAUCGGCGAUCUGCCUGCCAAUGGACGGCUACCACCUCUACAGGCGGGAGCUAGACCUGCUGCCAGACCCGCGGGAGGCUCACCGGCGGCGGGGGGCCCACUGGACGUUCGACGGAAGGCGCUUCCUGUCGGAGCUCGGGGACGCCCGGAGGAGCGGGAGUGGGAGCUUUCCCGGGUUCGACCACGCCAGGGGAGAUCCGGUGGAGAACCAGUGGGUGGUGCAGCCCUCUCACUCAGUCGUCAUAGUGGAGGGAAACUACCUGUUGCUCAAGGGGGUAGAUCCCUGGGACCAAGUGGGAGGUCUGUUCGACGUCACGUGGGCCAUUCGAUGCCCUCCAGAAGUCUGCGGAGAAAGGGUAAGAAGAAGGCACAUGUCCACAGGUCUGGGGGAGGAGGAGGCUUGUGCCAGGGUCGAGGGAAACGAUCUGCCUAACGCUAGGCUUGUAUCCGAGAAGUGUCCUUGGAGCGAGGUCGACGUCGUAAUCGACAGCCUCUAGAGGUUAUCGCGAUGCCUGAUCAUCAGUAACAUGUGGUUGUUUUCGUUUUGACCAAGAGUCUUGCGGUGUGUAUUCAUGCUCCUGCAGACGGAGCAUGUCGAACAGGAGGUUUGGCUGCGAGACAAGUUUGCUUUCGUCACAAGCCAGCGGCAUCACCACAAAGUUAUCGCUCUUGGAAGGAAUAAGGUGUCAUGUGACCUGCCUUGGCGUGGGUAAACUGAGCCGCCC